GGAUUAGUUUUUUUUUUUCACACAAAAAAAGGACCUUAUUCGUGCGUAUUGUUUCGGUUUUCUGUUGGCUUUAUAUCACUGUUACCAUGGCAGACAGUCUGGUGGAAUCGCCCACGGUCAGUUCGGGGCAUUUGAUGAAUCUAAACGUUAUCAGUAACAUUUCGACGAGCUCGAGUGACCAGGGUGGCUCCGCCUCAUCCUCGUCCUCUUCGUCAUCAUCUUCAUCCUCGUCCUCAUCCUCAUCCACGUUACCAGUUGUGGCCACGUCCUCCGGGUCGUCAUCCAACGCAACAAGCUCGAUCGAGGUGGCCCCCGGUGGCUCCGGUGGCAACACACCAACGGUGCUAAUUUCGGUCAGUGCCACAGCGAGUGGUCAAAGCCCACGCCAGACGAAUCUGGCCUCUGAUCUGCUGCUCAAUCAGAUGCUUAACAUCGCCCAACAUCGGGCCGCCAUAUCGAGCAAUAGCGGUCAGCAACAGCAGCAACCGUCGUCCUCGUCGGCCACCGUCGCACCAUCGUCGUCCUCGACGGUUUCCUCUUCCGGUGGUAACACCGUCGUUGGCUCACAAAUGUCCUCUGUCUCUGCCGUUUCGGCACCCUCCAUCAUGACGCAGGCUUCACCGGCAGGCUCGUCCUCGGGCUCGUCCGGAGUGCAGCAGCAACCGCUCGAGUUGUUGCAUCGCGAAAUUCCAAAGCUUGCCCCGACCAGUCGCAAUCUGCAGGCCACAAUUCAUGGCCGGCCCGGGGACGAACGGUCCGAUAAGGGUGACUGUGGUGAACCGGAAGCAAAGCGUAAAAAACUCGACAAACCCAACGCGAAGGUCGAAAAGCUGGAACUCCGUCUCGGAGGCAUCCUGUGCUGUGCCGUGUGUCUGGAUCUACCGCGAACCGCCAUGUACCAGUGCUCCAUGGGACAUCUGAUGUGUGCUGGAUGCUUCACCCACUUGCUGGCAGACGGCAGGCUUCGCGACCAGAACGCCACGUGCCCGAACUGUCGCACAGAGAUCAGCAAGAAUAAUUCAUCACGCAAUCUAGCGGUGGAGAAAGCUGUGUCCGAGUUGCCAGCAGAAUGUCAGUACUGCAGCAAGGAGUACCCGAACAAAUCGAUCGAUUACCACGAGACGGCUGAGUGCGAAGAUCGGCCAACGGAUUGCAAAUUUGCUCGUAUUGGUUGCAAAUGGCGCGGCCCAAUACACGAGGUGUCGUCCCACGAGGAAAACUGCUCUCACCCGAGAAAAUCUGGCGCCGAUGUGAUGGUCGCUCUUCAUGCUCACGACGCUAAGGCCGCAGAGGAUAAAAAGCUUUUCCUCACUCUGAUCGACUUGCUGAGCUAUGAGAAGAUCAUUUUCAAUGAUUUGCAACUAAAACCGUACCGAACGGAUGAGUACGUGCACCGUCUGUAUUACGAGACAAGCCGUUUUUCUGCUUUCAACCACCAGUGGGUAGUGAAGGCGAUUAUCAACAAAAGCCAGCGUGAUCCACACGAGUCUUGCGAGCGCGACAUAACCUAUCAGCUCAUACUGAAAUCAAAGACAACGAGCCCGUUGCCGAUGCACUUUUUCGUGCUUCGAGGACCCUUCUCGGACAUUAAGGUUGACACGCAAAUAUACAAGCAUGAUUUCGCGGAUACGGAAGCGGAAAGCCCGUUCAAAUUGCUGCCUUUGCCGGAUACUACCGAAUGUAACAGACUACUUGCGGCGAAAGCAAUUAAUUUCAGAUUAAUCAUGUUUUUGGCUUCAAAGUAAGACGAGCAGCUUCACUAUACAUGCGCAACAGCCGCAAAGGAGCUCGUGCAGAAAGACGCAACAGAGAAAACUAUUUUACUGUUCAAAUGUUUGGUUAUAAUUGAUAUACGCAUCUAUGUACGUGUUUAUUUCGGAAUACCUUUUCUUGAAUUCAAUGUCAUUCGUAUAUACAUUACUAGACAUGCUGCGUUAUUUCAUUGAUAUAAAUGUAUAUUUUUAAACUCUAAUGUAAUAUGCGCGAUCUUUAGUUUGUUUCAACAAAACUACUCGUUAACAUUAGACUAAAUGCUUUAUAUUACACAUUACAUUACAAAUUUCUCGAGGGCACGCUUGUGCCAAUACGAGUUGGGCCAACAAUGUAAUCAGCACGCGAAUCCUGUUGAGUUGUAAAAGUUGCCACAAAGACACAAUGUCGAUAGCAUAAUGCGAUUGAUCAACUUGUAGCAAGAAAAACGAAACGAUAUACAAAUGAAACACAUACUUACUUGUGCUAUAGCAAGCAAUAGUGAAAAUAGAACCAACGGGCGGGCGGCUCUGUAGCCCGUAUGCGAUGAACAAUAGUUGCGGAGAAGAAACCGUCAAAUAGUGUUUAGUAUUACGUUGCCAUCUUCACGACUAUACGAAACAUACAUGCAUGCAAAUAAUUAGUGGUAAAUAAGAGUUUACAACGCUGCGAAUCCCAGCAAAAUUGCUUGAUUCAGAUGAUGCAGCUAUGAAGGAAAUGAUAGAAAUAGGUAUUUGAACAGGCGUACUCAUAAGAUUCGUUUUGAAGAUUUGUUUUCUUUUACUAUCUCACUAUGCUAAUACUUGUUACGGUUAUUGGAAGGAGCUAUUUACUAGUAAUAUAAAUCUAUCUCCACACUCGGCACUUAAGAAUAUUAGACGAUGGUAAGUUUACAUGAAUUCGGAAUGUGUGAUAUAUAAACAUUGCAAAUCAUUAGUGUGAUUGCUACUGAUUUGAGAUUGGUAACAGCUUGGACGAAGAACAAUUUGCAAUGAUUGAGUAAAUACCCGUAAAGUACGAGCGAAGUUUUUUUUUCUGUUUAUAUGGGAAAGGAAGCUAUGGAUCUGCAUCUUAACUUCCUUAUCAAUGGAAAGUGUUAAGAAUAAAUAAUGGACGGUUAUGGUUGAAUGUCGUAACCAAUUCCAUUACGUUCAUAAAACUGUUGCGGUAAAAGCUGUCGAUUUAAAUAUUCUUCAUCAAAAGACAAGCGAUAAGUACAAGUGCGUGUGUGUCUAUGUGUUUUCUCAAUUUUAUUUUUUUCGUUGUUUAAUGUAAAACGCGUUAGGUCAUAAGAUGUGCCCAAGAGCUUUUUAUAUUCAUAUGUAUUUUUUGCCAACUUACCCAAAUUUUGACUGUAACAUAGUUUUUUCAAUAUUCUCUUAUAGCUGUCAUGCAUCUAAUUAUUACGACGUAAGAAUGAAUAUAUUUUGUUUCUUUAAAUGU